CACCUCCUCCCAUCACCUCCAUCUCUCAUCUCACUUUCUAACUCUAACCCAUCAACCCACGAGUACGGAGUACACCAACAACCAUGUACUCCCUCCCACUCCUCCUCCCCCUCCUAACAGCCCCCUCAACGGCCCUCCCCCGACACCAACCACCCCAGACCACCUCUCCCGACCUCACCCCCCUCCCCCUCAUAAUCUGGCACGGCCUUGGCGACAGCUACCAAAGCAGCGGCCUGUCCGAAAUCGCCUCCCUCGCCGCAUCCACAAACCCCGACACCUACAUCCACAUAAUCCACCUCUCCGAUUCCAGCACAGGCGACCGCCAAGCCUCCUUCCUCGGCAACGUGACCGAGCAAGUCGACGCCGUCUGCGAACAACUAGCUUCCGAGCCGAUCGUUGGUACCGCGCCGGCGAUUAACGCGUUGGGAUUCUCGCAGGGUGGGCAGUUUCUGCGCGCGUAUGUGGAGAGGUGUAAUAAUCCGCCCGUGCGGAAUCUGGUCACCGUGGGGAGCCAGCAUAAUGGGAUCUCGGAGUUUCAGGAGUGCAUGUCGAUGGAUUUGAUAUGUAAGGGUGCAGAGGCGUUGUUGCAUGCUGGUGUGUGGUCGGAUUUCGUGCAGGGACGGUUUGUACCCGCGCAGUACUUUCGGGAUCCGGAUGAGGAGCCUCUAUCCAAGUAUCUGGAGAGCAGCAAUUUCCUCGCGGAUAUCAACAACGAGCGUGAAGAUUCGCGGAACGAGAUGUACAAGGAGAACCUGAAGAAGCUGAAUAAAUUCGCAAUGAUCAUGUUUGAGGAUGAUAGCAUUGCGCAUCCGAAGGAAAGUGCGUGGUUUGCGGAGGUGAAUGGGACGACUGGGGAGGUGACGCCGUUGAAGGAGAGGGGUAUUUACAAGGAGGAUUGGCUUGGGUUGAAGGAGUUGGAUGAGCAGGGGAAGUUGGAUUUUUUGGCGCUGCCGGGGGAUCAUUUGCAGAUGGAUGAUGAGCAGUUGGUGAAGUUGUUCAAGGACUACUUUGGGCCUGUGGAGGUGGAUUUGCCUGAUGUGGUGCCUGCGAAGGGUGCGAAGUCUGCUGGCAAGGUGCUUGUCGAGCAGUACUGA